GAGUCUUCGACCCAGUCUUCGACCCAAUUUCUCCAUGGGACAUUUAAUUCUCAUCGCCGUUUGAUUAGAUUAUCCGUCAGCAGAAUCCAGAAUAUACUUCUCAACUUUCAGUCAAUCAACAUUUAGAUUCUCUAACCAUUUAUCGUUUCUCAAUCUAACAGCCAUUCCAGGCCGGCAUCAUAGACGGUUCAAAUAAUCACUCUCAUCACCGCAGCCAAAGAGAUACACAGGGGGCCCAAUUAUAGAUCAAGCCAUCGCAAUCUUUUUUUUUAUAUCAGUACCUUAGCUGAUUGUCUAGCUCCCCCUAAAAGCUGUCAGCAUCUCCUUAUGAAGCAGAAUAGCCCCAGUCCAUCCCCCACGCCGUCGCCCCCACGCGCAUGGACAACCGCAGAGGAGCUCAAGCUAUUUGAGCAGAUUUGCCAAAACAAGCCGCUUGGGGCGAAUGCGGUGCGCGCCGUCAUGACCAUCACACGCGCGUUGAAUGACCAUCGCCACACUCCCAGCGAUGAUGAAACGGCGUUACCCGAAGAUACGAUAGAGUUUACCGAGCACGACGUUAAAGCUAAGCUCCACCAGUUGUACAACAUGACCGCGUUGCAGGAGCUUGUGGAUGAAGUCGUGGAGGACUCCGAGGAGGAGCCCAAGGAGCCCGUGACGCGAAAGCGAACCCGGAGCUCGGUAGCACGCGUUAGAGAGAGCGGUUCUGUGUUGGACAGCAGCGAUAUCAGUGAUAUUGAGUCUGUAGACGAAGAGGAUGUGAAGGAAGACAAGGUUCAGCCAGAAAAGGUUGAGGACGACGAGGCCGGAAAACCAAGACACCACCCCAGCAAGUCUAUCGAAGGGCAAAGCGAUACGGACAAGGGUGGCUCAGAUAAGCCAGAAUCCGAGAUGAGUGGAAAUGAGAUAGAAGAUACGGACGAUGAGUCCAAAUCGCACACUGAAAAGUCUGAUGAAGAAAGCACUCGCUCGGACGAAGGGUCUGAGUCCGACGAUUCCAACGAGGAAAGUGGUAGUGGGGAGGAAGGGGACACCGAUAGGAAGAGAAGAAAGGUCGUAAGGCCAGCGAGCAAGCGCCAGAAGGUGGCAUCCAACGUUUCAACCCCAAAGAGGUCCACUCCAAGGCCUAAACAAACGCGCUCCGCCAUCAAAUCCGCGAUGAAAAAGACGGUUCCUACAACCCCAGCCAGGAAGGGUGUGAGCUCUGAAGUAAAUACCCCGUUGUCUUCGAGGCCUAGCACCAGGCGUUCCACCCGCAACACCCCUGCGGGGUCCGGGACCCCGGGUGUGGAGGAGAGCGACAUGGAGACCCCAGCGAAAAGAAUCACGCGGAGAUCUGCCAGACGAAAGUAGACGGAUAUGUAUUAAUAUUUCCACUGGAAACAGGCUCGGAUUAUUUAGCUUGGAGGAUGUAGAAAUUACAGGAUUGAAUUGGAG